AUGGAUCUAACCUUGUUUUUCUAUGUAACGUUGAUAAUUCUCAUCUUGAAAGCAGAUAAGACAGUUUCGCAGUGUAAACCAAAGAGGAAGGAGUUUGACAAGGAAUUUUCGGACCUUACACUCACCAGUAAAAUACUUGGCUCAUUAAACACAAAAGAAGUAAUCUGUCAGUACAGCUGUCACUCUCAUGAGAACUGUGAUGCUUAUAAUUAUAACUUGGAUGAUGGUCGUGGUGAAGUACUCGACGCUCGUUCUUCUUUUUUUAAUGUAGUUAUGAGAAAAGGCUGGAUAUUCAGGGCCUCGAAGUGUGAAUCAGAUCCGUGUCUUAAUGGAGGUACGUGUUUCCAUGCAAUUGGAAAAGAUAGAUGUCUGUGUCCCUGUCAGUGGAAAGGAAAGUCGUGUGAUGUACCCAUAACUAACUCUGAUUACGUGAUGUCCUUUCCCGGAGGAUCAGUUAAUGACUUGGUUGUCUUUGAAAAUCCCUUUCCGGUUAGUUUGAGUAUGCUGUCUGUCAGCAUGUGGUUUCAGAUAGAUCCUGCAAAAGAUGGACAGCAUGCAUUGCUGAGCUACGCAACUUCGACAAAAGCGGACACGAUUCUUGCGAAGUUAAAGCCAACCCUAACACAGAUAUGCAUUUACAACGACUGGGGUGUAACAGGUAACGUUGUACUGUAUAUCAAUGGAGUCAAGAGAGGCGAGAAAGCCAACGUGGCAACAGGUGAGACGAUUGGCAACGGGGCCUUAGUACUUGGCCAGGAUCAAGAUAGCUACAAAGGAGGCUAUGAUCCAAAUCAAGCUUUUAAAGGCAAUCUCACAAGCUUGAACAUGUGGAACAGGGUCCUGACAGCCUCUGAAAUAUCAGAUCUCGCCAGAAAAUGUCCAACUCAGGAAGGAAACAUUCUAACUUGGACUAAGUUGAUGAGUCAGCCAAGGUUAGGAAACGUGAAUCUGAUCUGCUCUACUUUCUGUGUUCCACAAUAAAAUGCCAAGAUUGGACAAAAUAGUAAAUUAUUAGGAAGGAAGGUUGAAUAGGUGGACCUGGUGUAACAGAAAGCAGUCUUAAAAAUCAACAAAUAUACUUUUGUUUGCUUUAGAUAUUACAUUUACA